GUCUGGCGCCCAUCCAACUGCGUCCUGCGCUCCAACCUCCCGCGUCCGUGUCCGCAGCCCCAAAAGUGCAAAUUCUGCCGCGCUUUUUCGAGACUCAUUUCAGAGCCUCACACCCACGUCUCUCAACACCAUCUUCCUCUCCAUCAUCGCCUCCUCCAAUCAUCACUUGUAUCGUCUGCUCCUUUGGGAAGUCUCGAAUACUUCGCUCGAAGCAUUGCAAGCAACACUUGUAUGAACAGGCGCACGCUUACUACGGGGCAAUCCCUAGCCUGUUCGCCGGCUGGCUCAUAGCCACAACCGUCACCUCGCUCGCUUCACCAUUUCUUACAGCGAAAAAAGCUGAAUCACGUGGUGGAAUAUGCACUCGAAACCACCUGCUUAGUCAAAUUCACUCGCAUAAGGUAUAUUAAGAACUUGGUCUAUCGCCUUUAAUCAGCCUCCAUCAUGCCUCCCAAGGCGCCUCCACCAAAGCCUCGUGCUGGCCAACACCGAAAACCCGCCUUUCGUGGCCGCAUCGAAGGGCUGGGCAGCCCGGCGCCACCAUCACUACGAGGGACCACGCCGACAUUUAUGCGUGCUUCGACGCCGGUCAUGCCCAGGAAGGUCGGUCCAAAGACGCAUAGGUGUACCAAUCCGAAUUGUCCCGACCCGAAAAUUGUUGAUAGCGGUUCAGGCGGCCUGAUUUGUGAGACCUGCGGUGCUGUGGCCCAGGAAGAAUCCGGCCUCGUCUCCGAACAAGGCUUUGGUGAGACAGACUCUGGUCGUAUCACCGCCUUGGGUGUCCAUGUCGGAGAGUCUCAAACUCAUCAACGGACCUACGCCGCUGGAGGCGCGUUGGGCAAUGCUGGUCGCGAACCCACCGUCAACCGUGAUCGAUCAGAAGCGCACGCGCGGACCGUGAUGCUGUCGUAUCAAUCUCUGCUCGGUGUCCGACUGGCCGAGGUCGAAGCAGGGAUGCAGAUUUUCAAGCUGGCUUGGGGAAAUUCCUUUGUACAAGGCAGAACCAUCGAUAGCGUCGCCGUGGUCUGUCUUUACCUGGCCUGUCGACGCAAACACGAACAGAUCCGAAACGAGCGCCGGCCAAUGUAUAGUCUGAUGUUGAUUGAUUUCGCAGAAAAGCUGAACAUAGACGUCUUCGCUUUGGGGAAGAUGUACUCCGACCUGGUCCGCAGAUUAUACCUUCAGCCUGACGGAAGCGUUCAGGCCGACGUGAGCGCUGAUCUAUUGGCCAUGGGUCCCGAGGUUUUGGUCAAUAGGUUUGUUGACGAGCUCGAGUUCGACCGAGAGCACCGUGACAAAAUCAAGAUGGACGCAAUCAGGAUUGUCCAACGCAUGAAGCGAGACUGGAUGUCGACGGGUCGACGGCCCUCCGGAGUAUGCGGCGCAGCAGUUAUUCUAGCAGCUCGAAUGAACAAUUAUCGCCGUACCACCAGAGAAGUGGUUCUGACUGCCAAAGUUACCGAAAUCACCAUCAACAAGCGUCUAGCAGAGUUUCAAGACACGGCCAGCAGUAAACUGUCAAUUAAACAAUUUCGAGAUAAUCAGAUUCUUGACUCUUUGACGCCAGCAGAUCCACCUUCGUUUACGCGAGGACAAACCCCCCAGCAAAAGAAGAAAAGAGGUAGGCCAAGGAAGCGACCUUUGGGGGAGACUGCCGCAGAGAUUGAAGGAGAUGGCGCGACGCCUGAGCCAGCAGGUCAAUUUCCAGCCAAACGUGUACGGAUCGAUGCAGAUGGUUACAAAAUCCCUGAGCUCCCGGUUAGACGAGAGCAGACCGGCACUAACAACUCAGAGGAAAGCGGAGAACCUCAGGACGACCAGACGACGGGACAGAGGCGACAACGUUGGAAAGCACCUCCCGCAUCUGAUGCAGAACUUGCGAUUGAAAACGAAAUUGAAAGUGAAGUCAUUGAAGCACUUCGAGAAAACGCGGAGCUCGACCCAACCCUGCCAGUACCUGAGUCGACUACAGUGUCCACCACACAACAAGAACGCCCAAGUACAUCUUCUACCGCUGCACAGCCAAUACCGUCGGAAGACGACUCUAUCGCCGAUAUUAUUCCCCUCAUUCCUUCUGGCAAGGACAAAACUCCUGGACCAGCCGUCAACACCAGAGACGGCAACAUGGGUCAUGUCUCGCUAUCGCCCACCAUCCGGCCGGAUGAGUUUGAUUCGGACGAAGAUGUCUCGACCUGUUUACUGACCGACGAGGAGUCUCGCAUCAAGGAGCGUGUCUGGGUCAGCAUGAAUGCGGAUUGGUUACGACAGGACCACGCGAAGCGCAUCAGACGUGAGCUUAAAGAGGCCGAAAUGCGCGCGCAGGGAUUGGACCCGGAAAAGGAAGCAUUGAGACAAGCCCAAGCCAGGGGCAGGAGGAAGGACGGUACAAAACGACCAGGCCGUAGAGGAGAUGUCAGCUACCUGAAGGAGCGCGACGAAGCCGGCGGCGAAGGUGGAGACGCCGGGGCUGAGGCCGCUGGAGCGGACGGUGAACGAAGUGCGGCGGAGUCGGUACGCAAAAUGUUCAAGACUCGCGGGGUGUACUCCAGGCGGGUGAACUAUGAUGUUCUGGACUCGAUUUACGGCCUGGGCAAUGGUGGUGAUAGUCCGUCCGAGGGCAGCCGCAGCCGCAGUCAGAGCGUGGUGAGCAUGGACCAGGGAGCGCGAGAAGGCAGUGUUGCCAGCACGGUGGCAUCCAACUUUGACGACAGUAAUGAAAUGGCCAAGGGCAUCUUCCGUGGCAAAAAGGGGCGUGAUGGGCGGUCUCGGAGUCGGCUCUCUUCUGUCGCGCCGGAGAAGAAACGCAAGGAUGCGGCUGCUGCGAGUUCAACUCCGGCUCCUGAAAGAUCCGUGUCUAGAAGUAGAAGUCCGAGUAUGGCUUUGGUGGAGGAGCCGAUGCAACAAGCACAAGAGCAUCUGAAGAGAUCGGAGUCGUCUGAACAGUUACAACCACAGCAACAACUGCCAACUCCUCGGCCCACGCAGACUCAGUCGCAGGGUAUUCCUACCAUCUCUUCGUCGGGUACAGCAACAGAAACGGCAACAGCUUCUACGUCUGCAUCCAUACCGCCUGUCGCGCCACCAGUUAUUGCAACGUCGUCAACGUCUCAUCCCGCCAUUAGAAGCCCACCAUCGACCAACGAAAUUGAAACUGGCGAGGAAGAAAUCAUUGGUCCCUUGCCUGGCGCAACCGCUGCAGCGGGCCAAGAAGAAGUCGUCGAAGAAGACGAUGACGAUAUCGACUACUCUCGUCUGCGCGGGUUUGCCGGGGAAGAAGAAGAAGACUACGAUGACGACGACGACGAUGACGACGAUGAAGAUGAAGAUGGAGAUGUCGAUGCUGCUUUCGAAGGCCGAUAUGCUAGCCGUGGAUGGUGAACGUCUUGACGCUCACACUCACAAACAAUCACACACUUACGCCAUCACACACUCCUAGACGCUCUAUUACUGUACGGCUCACAUACCGUCCCGGUACUCGCCCUCUCAUACAUACACAUACCGCGACACACAGCAUACUACAAAUCCACACUUCUUGCAAACUUACCAGACUCCUGCAGGCCUAAGGUAUCUAGGGAUUUACGUCACAUCACGCAUUGAGGCUAGAACGGAAAUGGGACCAAACGGGGCAGCAUUGGGAACGUUUAGAUCGGAUCUUCAGGAGAUUGGGGACAGGAUACAGUGCCAUGCGAUACCCAGCAUUUUUCUUUUUGCUUCUUGUCAUGAUUAUUAUUGCAGGGGACUAAACGGAAGGAAAGGGAUUACUGCGACUGCAAACUUUUAGCGUUGGCGAAAUGGACAUGUCGUUCAAGUUGGUACUACGACUGUAGUAAUGGCAAUUGAAUUGGACUGAAUUGCAAUGCAGUGAUUUCCAAGUUUGAAACUUGAACGUCCCUUGAAUGUUCUUGUGGAGCGUAAUGGCUUCGGACCAAGACCACUCCAGUACUAGGGUAGGUACUUGUCGUAGCAUAUAGUUCGAACGAACGGGGUUUCAUUUGACAGCGAA